AUUACAAAGUACUGUAUGUGAAAAUUACCAAAACAUUCUUCACGUUUAGUCUACUUAAGCGCUCUAACUCUCGCGCGCUCUCUCUCUCUCCCCCUCUCUCUCUCUCUCUCAUUCCAAUACACCCUUAUCCUUAUCUUCCGGUGUCCCUCUUUAUCACAGCGAAGGGCUUUGAAUGGGGGAUAAUCUUAAGGAGAGGGAGAUCGCAAACAGAAGCUUUUCGUGUAACACAUCAUUCACAAGCCCACUUGUAACAAAGCCCACUCGAUAGUCUCUACGGUAGUAUAUGAACGUCAACUAAGUUAUAUAGCUAGACAAGCAGCUAGGGGGUGGAGGUGAGCAAGAUUUUUUCUUACUCCCGUUUUUUGCGAGUUAAAUACGUCACCAAACCGGAACCGGCACAAGGAUAGACACGGUAACACAACAACACAACAACAACAGCACACAUACGCUAGUGCAAGAUACUUAACUCAAAUCCCGGCACCUAGUGCACCGAUAAGCAUUUUUUGAUAACUGUCUACAGAGGAAGAAGAACAUAGAAAGGAGAUACACGAUCGAGCGCUCCGCACAUUAACAAAAGAAACAAAAAACAACAAAAAGCAGAACGGAAGUUGCAUCUGUGUGUGUUUAUGUAGCAUAUGCUCGUUGCGGCAACAAUCUUAACGAUAAGCGUCAUUUGCGUCAGUGUCAAGUAGUAGUACUCGUUUGUAAGUGUCUUGCUGGAGCUAAUCAAUCGCCAAAAAAUAAGGAAAACCGAUACCGUCUCACGCUCCAUAACGUUGGUGGGUGGCUUUAUUGCAUAUUACCGUGCUCUGUUCUGUAUUGCCAGUAGUCGUGUCGCGAGUGCAAGCGAAUCGAACGUGUUGCUGUUAGGCGUAUAGGUGGCCGUACUUACUGUGCUAGUAUCUAACCAAAAAAAAAAAAAGAAAACCGCCCAACAAUCAUCCCAUCUUGAUCGUCACACUAUCCCACACCUGCUCCCCGAUCGCGUUCCUUGACAAGCUGUCAAAAACAAAACAGCUCGAAACGAGACACGUGUCCCACCAUCCGAUAGUAGGCUAGCAGAAACCAAUCUACAGCAGAUCGUACGCUUCGUCGAUCCGCUGCUCCUGUUUGGCGGGUAGUUUAGCAGCAAAUCAACACCAACCGGCUAGCAGUUGCCCAAAUUGCCACGAAGCUCUCGCCAUCAUCGUCACGCGUCGUUAUUAUUGCUGUUAUCAUUGUUGUUGUUAUCGCUGUUUGUUGUUAUUGUUGUGGAUGCGACACUGCGCCAUCGUUGUCGGCGUCGUUGUCGGUGGCGGUGUUAGCAGCAGUAGCCGUAGCAGUAGCACUACCCCCUACUAAAGCUCCCCCCCCCAGCGGUGCAGUACCGUGCUGGUAAGAACGCAAGCGCAAGAUGUAUGCAGCAGCAGGUGGCGCCUCGCUGGCGUCACGCCAGGCCCGCAAAAAGCAGGCCCAGCAGAACACGAAAAACAAGGCCACCAAUCAGCAGAUACUGCGGGAGAAGCUUGCGGCGAAGGCGGCCACGACACCGACGAAGAGUAAACACUUCCACCAGCUGCCGGCGUCCUAUCUGCGGGCACCGCACCAGCACCACCGGAAGCUCAGUGCGGGCUACACCAGCAUACCCGGCUCGGACCAGCAACAUCCGCACCACAAGUUCGGUGACCAGCCGUGCACGUCCUACACCGGCGUACCGGGUGGCCAUGGUCAUGGGCCGCAUCUCGGUGGCCCCGCUGUUCACGCGCACCACCAUCAUCACCAUCAUCAUGGGGCACCUGGUGGGGUGGCACACCCGUGCCAUCUACACGGUGCCGGACCGUCCGGACACCCACCCGCAUCGGGGGCGUCCUUUCCACCGAUGCCCAAACCCACUGGCUUCCGCGAGUACGACAAGCUGGUGCGGCGCCAGCAGCUUACAAAGUCCGCGACCGCGACACUACCGCUGGUUUCCCAGGCCCAGCAGGAUCUUACACCACCGCAAACGCCUACGUUUGGGGACUCGGUGGGCACGGAACCUCACGCCGGUCACCAACACCACCACCACCACCACCACCAUCACCAUCAGCAGCUGCUGCUUCUGCAGCAACAGCAGCAUCCCGCGCACGCUCACUCGCAACAGCAUCUCGACAAGAUCGGUCUUACGGGUCAGGAAGAGGGUGAGGCCGCACUCACGCAACCACUAACGCUGCAGAUACCGAACGAUCCGAUCAUCAUUACCCCGGCCACACCGCAGGCAACACCGCCCGGGCGGCUGGGGCUGAAACCGCUCGUGCUGACGGACGACGAGGAAGCGCACCCGCUGACCAGUCCAACGCCCGGUGCACUCGAGCGGAAGUGCAGCGUAUACCGGGGCCGGAAGCUAGACCCGUUCGAGGAGCAGUUCUACAAUGCGACGACAAUAACCAACGCACAGCAUCCGCACCAUCAGUACCAUCCGGACGAUGUGUUCUUCCCGCCGGGGACCGGCAGUGUGCCGAAUGGGGGUGGUGGUCACUCCACGACCACCACCACACCGGGGCACCAGCAGCUGGCCAAGUGGGACUCCGAGUACUACUGCUGUGAGUGUGACCACCGACAGUACGGUGUGUGUACCUGUGAUCAGUUCGAGUGUGCCCAAGGUCGUGCAGCAUGGUUAGAAAGAGGAAGACGUUGCAGCGUACAGGAAACACCCGCCUCUUGCCAUCGACGAUGGGUCAAACGGAAUCGGAUACAAGACUCAUCGUUAGGUGGCUCCUCGGACGAUGAAGACCUGCUCGGCGUACUCAGAGGACCCAGUUCAUUCGCCAAUGCCUUCCUAUACGUAGGUUUAGGUACCAUAGCAAUCGGUUUAGUGAUAGCGUUCGUCGGUACCGGCGAGAAAGGAUUCAAAACGGUUGAACUAAGACUAAUCGGGCCAUCGUUAAUUGGACUCGGCUUAUUUUGUUGUAUAUUACGUAUCCUGUUUUGUAUAUGCCCAUCCCAUUGUAUAUCAUCUAGUCGUAGAGCGCGAGAUAAGAAAAACGCCAAGAUAGACGCAGAUCAUAGAACUUCCCUGUUACGAGGCGACAGUAAACGAGUAUCGAUAGCACGCGGACCUCACAUACCGACUAAACAGCCUCAAAUUUAUCCCAAAUCCAUCGUUAAAACCAAAACCUACGAAGGUGUGGAGGCACUGCGGCAGAUCGCAACUACGUCACUCUUUCUGCAGAAUGAGCAAAAGGUGUCAUCGAACCGGAUCGUUCCUAUUAUUAAAGAACCGGAAAAACUGGAAGAACCACCUUUAGAGCUGAGGAAGAUUGAACCACGACGGAAUGAGGCUGCGAUCGUAAGCAUAUCGGACGGUGAGGAGGAUUCGCAUCGAAGGCAAGCGGCCGCCCAAGCGUCCGACACGCAGGUGAUAGAUCUUACCGGUGAAGACCAAGAAGAGGAACAAUCCUAUUCGCCCAGUAGCGGCAAUAGCCACCAGCGCAAGGACAGCAAGCUGCGUCGCCAGCGAACCUCCGUGCACCAGCAGAAACCGGCCAGAGAGUUGCAGAAUUCGGCAUACGGUGCCAGUAACACAGCGCCCAGCGAACCGCCGAAUCUGCUGAUGGAAACAUCGCUCAUGAUCAUCGGUCCUACGCCACUCAGCUCGCCGACCAAAUCGACGACCACAACCCCACCGACCAUCCCCGGUGGCGCGUCCUCGCUCACCAUUCCAACGAUGUCCGCGAACGGGUCGGCGGUGCACAGUACGGCUGGCAAAAUGGUCGCCGCUGGCACGAGCACAACGGUGGGCAAUCUGCUAACACUGCCGGCCGCGGCCAGCUCGACGUCCGCCACUGGUGGGCUAACGGUCAGCUUUGCCGGCAGCACACCGCUACCGGGGCAACUGUCGCCACUGCCCUCCACGUCGUACCUAUCGUCGUCGGUGGUCGGUGGGUACCGAUCGUCGGCUACCUCCUCACCGCUGCCCGGUUUCAUACCGUCAGUUUCGUCCCACUAUCACAGCAACAGCAGCAGCAGCAGUAGCAACUACAUCUUUUCGCCACCGCCUUUCACGCAACACGAGCCGAUCACGCUAGGAACCAAUACGAUCACUACGGCGGCCCCUGCGCAAAUGCACACGCCGUCAGUGAACGCCACCAAAACCGAACCGGAACUAGUGUUAAGUCCAGCGAAGUUAGGACAGUAGAUUAUGAUGAACAUACAAUCCCUUCUCUCUCCCAAUCUACUAGCGUACGUAGAGACUUCUCCUAUCCUGCCUCUGAUAGACUUAUACAAAACCCCCUAGUAAAGGAAUAACCUGCGCGGUACAGCCAACAGACUGGGGGAGGCGGGCUGGUAUAAAACGGUACCAAAACCAGGCUGCUCACAUCCGGCACCGAGAGAUGUCCAGAGAUUCAAAAGCAGGAUCGGGAAGUAAUGGAAAGUAGAAGCACAAUACAGAGAUCUGGUGGCACUGGGAACACCGACAGUAACAGGGGGUUGACACAUAAACGAACUGGGCUUGAAUAGCAAACACCCGGAAAUCGCAAAGCAAUGGCUACUUUUCCUUGCAUUGAGAGCAACGCACUCGGUGAUGUCUAUUGGUUUACCGCUUUGACAGCUUUUGAAGUAUUCUUCAUCACGUCAUGGCUUGUUGCUAUGGAAAUCAUAAUAAUUAAAAUAUUUAAACAAAACAGAAAAAAAAGAAAACAUGUCUAGUGUCUAGCUCUACAUAUCGCCAUCGGAUUGUGUAAAGAAAAACAAACAAACAAUGUAUUGACAAAGUAUAUAUAUUUUUAACGUGUAAAUUGAGCAACUUCUCAUGGCAGCCUUCUUUCACACCACACAUGCAAACACUCGUAAGACAGAGAGAGAGAGAGAGAGAGAGAGAGAGAGAGAGAGAGAGAGAGAGAGAGAGAGAGAGAGAGAGAGAGAGACAGAGAGAAAGAAGCAAACAAAAGAAGAGGAUAAAGAUUCUAGAGCACUGGCAGAAGGUGUCUACUACUUGUGAUGCCCCUACACGUGUGGUACCACGUGGUGUAUGUGUGUGUGUGUGUGUGACGCUAAUUAUCUGAUUGUGUAGACAAGAGCCACCGCCAAACACCAAUAUUCAUGGAUA